AUGGGGAUCCCCGGGGUGCUGACAGAGAUCUGGGGUCUCAGGGGUGCUACCGGCGGUCUGACAGUGAGAUGCCCCCGAGGGGUACUGACGGGAGUAGAGGGGUCCCAGGGUGCUGACAGUUCAGGGGCCGAGGUCCCAUGGGUGCUGACAGGGUUGGGGGUCCCAGGGGUGCUGACAGGGCGCUGCGUCCCCUACAACGCGACCCUGCGCACCUGCGAGAUCCAGGGCUGGUGCCCGCCCGAGGUGGACACCAUUGACGUCCCCGUCAUGCUGGAAGCCGAGAACUUCACCCUCCUCAUCAAGAACAGCAUCCGCUUCCCGCUCUUUGGCUUCGAGAAGACCAACCUGCCACCCCCUGGCAGUGGGGUGGAGCUGGGCCGGUGUCGCUUCCACCCACAGCUGCAGCCUCUGUGCCCCAUCCUGCGCCUGGGGGACGUGGCACGUCUGGCUGGGCAGGACUUCCCUGCGCUGGCUGCCACCGGGGGGGUGCUGGGGAUCAAGAUCGGGUGGGUGUGUGACCUGGACCGGGCCUGGGAGCGCUGCCUGCCCCGCUACUCCUUCACCCGCCUGGACAGCCUGGCCCGGACCCCCGCUCCUGGAUACAACUUCAGGCACGCCAGGUACUACCGCUGGCCUGACGGCUCCGAGCGCCGCACCCUCAUCAAGGCCUUUGGGAUCCGCUUCGAUGUCCUGGUGUAUGGCAGCGCCGGCAAGUUCGGCAUCGUCCCCACCCUCAUCAACACGGUGGCUGCUUUCACCUCCAUCGGUGUGGGCACGGUGCUGUGCGACAUCAUCCUGCUCAACUUCCUCAAGGGCGCUGAGCACUACAAGGCCCGCAAGUUCGAGGAGGUGUCAGAGGCCGGCGUGCCCACCACCCCCUCAGCAUGUCCCCCCGGGGCGCUGGGGACCUGCUCCCGGGACAAGCAAUCCACCGACUCGGGCACCUUCUCCCUCGGCCUCUAGCCCGGGGGCCAUGGGGCAGCUCCUGCCUGUCCACCACGCUGUGGGGCAGCCGAGACCCUCGUCGGGCUCCUAUUGCCCCCCAGUCCCCAGUGCUCCCCCUGUGAGCCCCAUCAGCAUCUGACUGUCCCCAGUGCCCACCCCGGGUACAUCCCAGUGUCCCCAGUGUGCAUACGAGCCCUGUCCUUGUCUCCAGGGUGCCCCUCCCGCAGCACCUCCCUGUCCUUGCCACCCCAUGCCCCCCAAUAAACCCGUGGC